UUAUAAUAGUUUUUAUUUAGAUGAGCAUUCUACCGAAGAUGCUCGAAUCAUCAAAACUAGGUGUUACAUUAUGUUGUUAAUAGGAUCCUUUUUAUUUCCCGAAGGUAGUGGUUCUAGCAUGCAUAUUAUGUACUUACCUUUACUUAGACAUAUAGAUAGAAUAGGUAGUUAUAGUUGGGGAUCCGCAUGUCUAGCCUAUCUUUAUAGUUCUUUGUGCAAAAACUCCCACAAAGAUACUUCUACAUUUUCUGGAUGUGCUGUUUUGCUACAAGCAUGGGGAUGGUCAAGACUACCGUCUCUAGCACCGGUCAAUAACAACCCCUUCACUUUUCCAUAUGCAAAAAAAUGGUCGGCACGCGGUAUGAAUUACAAAAGAUGUCCGAGACACUGUAUUACUCAAUAUCGCAACCUGUUGGAUCACCUUCGACCGGCAGACUUCAUUUGGCGUCCAUACCUUAAUAUGGAUCAUGAGCAUCAGAUCAACCCUGAAGACGCAGCCGUAUGGACAACAUGCACACCGAUAAUACGGUUCACAACAGUGGAGCUGCACAACACCGAUCGUGUGAAGCUGCAGUUUGGUAUGGUCCAGAACAUCCCAGAUCCCCCAGCUAGCCUAGGAGAAUGGCAUAUGCGUAAAGUGAACGACCAAUGGAACUACAACCCUUGGCAAACCUUCACAAGAUCAGAGUGUCGCAAGUGGAAGCACCGUCAUGACCAUGUCUUAACUGACGCAGUCAUGCCAAAUGAGGUAAAACCAAGUCGUACUUAUAUGGCUUGGUAUAGAUCAGUUGGAUUUCAAUUCAUCGCCGAUGAUAUGUACCUCUACGACCCACGCCAGACAAGUUACACACAAGAAGGCUCAACAUCUAACCCCCAACAACAUUCUCAGCCCGGUUACUCACAACCACCUAUCCGACAAACUUUCCGUUCCACAAACACACAAACAUACAACCAAAACAUGCCAUUCACCCAACCCCAAAACCAAGAACAUCCCCCAUACCACCACCAACAAAUGGACCAUCAACCUUCGACCGAACAUCGCUUCGCACCCACACCAUCACCCUACCAAAGUCGCCUUACCCAAAACACUAACCGCCCCAUCACCUACCGUAGCCAAGAACUCCAAACAUCACAAUACCAAAACAUCCCACAACCAUAUCUCUUCCAAACACCCCCAACAACCUUUCCAACCUUUCCUAGACCCAUCAUUGUCACCCAUGUCCCCCUUCAACCGUCCUGGUCGCCCAUCCAUGAGUCAACCACACCCCAACUUCUCUGGCAUGGGUCAUGAGCUCAGCUACGCCGGUACACCAUCAUUGAAUACUGAAGACUAUGCUGAGUUGGCUGAAUACCUCAACGGAUCUUCUCCUGUAGGAGGUAAUGACGCUCCUGGACCAUCAGAUGAACAACCACCGGUGCAGAAUCGUCAACGUGGGUUAGGGCCAAGGGUUAGGGUAGCUAGGGGAUGUGGGACCGGAGGUCGGUUAGGUGAUCCCGGUCAUCACCAUUAGGAUUCAUUGUGUAAAAUCCAAAUUUUAUUAAUAUCAAUUCGUAUUAUGUCUAAUUUAUCUUUGUGUA